AUGUGUGAGAACCAGGUGUGUAAGAACCAGGUGUGCAGAAUCUGGUGUGUCAGAACCAGGUGUGGAGAACCUGGUGUGCAGAACCUGGUGUGUCAGAACCUGGUGUGUAAGAACCUAGUGUGUCAGAACCUGGUGUCCGAGCCUGGUGUGGAGAACCAGGUGUGCAGAACCUGGUGUCAGAACCUGGUGUGUCAGAACCUGGUGUGUCAGAACCAGGUGUGUAAGAACCAGAACCUGGUGUGUAAGAACCUGGUGUGUAGAACCUGGUGUGUCAGAACCUGGUGUCAGAACCAGAACCUGGUGUGUCAGAACCUGGUGUGUAGCACCUGGUGUCAGAACCAGGUGUGUAGAACCAGAACCAGGUGUCAGAACCAGGUGUGUCAGAACCUGGUGUGUAGAACCUGGUGUGCAGAACCAGGUGUGCAGAACCUGGUGUGUCAGAACCAGGUGUGUAGAACCUGGUGUGUCAGAACCUGGUGUCAGAACCAGCACCUGGUGUGUAAGAACCUGGUGUCAGAACCAGAUGUGUCAAAACCUGGUGUGUAG